ACCCUACAGGCAAAUCGAAAGCGGUAGGGUUUGGUUCCUCAAUUUGAAAUCUGUUGCUCUUGCUGGCUCACUUCUGCAGCGCGUUGUUAGAUUGCUGGAUUGUUAAAUACUGUUGGACAAUUUUGACAGCAAAACGGCAGAACCUGUCCGCGAUUUUAACUCCGAAGCGAAAACGAUUCGGUCUUAAUUCUUUUUAUACACAUGGCUUGGCUGUACUAUGUGCCUUGGGCUCCUGUAUUGUUCAUCUUGCUACUCAGUUUGUCCAGGGGGGGUCAUGCCUCUGCUGGUAACAUUAAUUCUAACAGGGUCGAUACUCCUGAAGACCAAUUAUGGGGUGCAUUUAGUCCAGCAAACCAGUUAAGGAAGAAUACAGAGAAAUUAAUCUUUUUCAAAUCUGGAUGGAAUUCGAAACCAUUUAAAGAUACGGAUUACGCACCAGGAGACACGGCGCACGGAUUUCAAGUUAAAACGCUUGAUGGGGACUUUGUCUACCCACCUCCCGGUGGGCUUAAUAUUUCCAUAAUCGUCCACGCAUUUACUAAUAAAUCGGCUUUUCUUGAGUGUAUGUGGACGUCUGACUCUUCCCUGACGGACUUGGUGGAUAACCUUCCUGACAGUGCUCAUGUAGUCUUCGUGUCCCUGGACGACACCGCCGAAGUUGAUGUGCACUGGAUGAGAUACCAGAUUCAGCGUGUGGCAAAGCAAAGGAAGAAGGAUAUACUGGACAGACUGCAUUUUUCCUCUGUUCCUGUGUACUCUCUGGGUAACUGGAUUCCCAGUGUGCUUUAUGACUGGAGAUGUGAGGGCAUCAACUGUGGGCUGAAUCAAGCUGUUUUCACAUCGAAAGAUUGGGAUACUCCCAUUGUUGCCAAGCGGCUCGAUGCGAGAUACGACUGGCUGAUGGGGCACUGGAGCAGACAGUCGUACGAGCUUGUCGAUGCUGCCGAUGGCUGCAACGUCUCCUCUGAAGUCAAGGGGGCCGUUGCGUGGGUUUCGGAGGGAGACUGUUCGUUUUUCACAAAGGUGAAGAAUAUGGCUGAAUCGCAGGCUGUUGGGGUGGUUGUGUAUGCCAGCCUUGGCAGACCAAUACAGGACAUGACUUGUGUUGGAAUCGAGUGCUACACCCCACUGAGCAUACCAGCUUCUAUGGUGCAUCUGCUGCCAGCAGUAAUGAGCUCCUUGAGAAGCAAGAAGCAGGUUAAUGUUUCUUUCCAAAAUACUCCAUCACCCAACUUCUUCUUCGGGAUCGACCAUGAAGGGAAACUCGCAGAAAUGGGGUGGUUUCUCUAUCCAACUUUCAAGUUUCUUACCUGGCAGUCUGAGUGGUUUGAUUAUGUUAAGCAAUUAUAUGGAAAACUUCAGAAGCCAGCUCGGGCCAUCACUGUGUUUAAUCAUACUGUAAUGCAAGGGGAAAAUGGAACUGUGACAACUGUGGAACUUCCUAAAGAUUUCCUGGCCUCUGAUUCUCUGGAGCUGGACGCUUCACUGUCUUGCCCAGGCCUGAAAGAUGAGACCUGUGCACCCUGGGAUCAUACGGUGCAGCUCUAUGUCUGCUGUGAUGGUCUCAGUCAGCUCUGCAACCUGGAGCUGGGGCGCUGGAUCACUGCGUUCCACAGGGGCAUUGGGCGUUGGUUGACUGAUGUGUCCCCAUUAAUGCCAUUGCUGAACAGCACCAAAUGCACUUUCUCAAUGAAAACCGUGCCCUGGGCAAAGCCUUGGGUAGCGUCCCUUAAUCUUCGCUUCGGCAAAAGCAGUCAUUCGGAUUUCGAGAAACAUUCAGGGGAUCUAAGUCCCUACCUGCUGAAGCCACUUUAUAAUGGAGGAACAUUUGACAAGAAUUACAAUAAAAAAUACCAGCCUGUGAAUUUCACCGUACCCACUGCAGUUCGAAAGGUGGAAAUUUAUGCUGUGAUCACGGGCCAUGGGAGCGAUGAUAAUGGAUGUGGCGAAUUCUGUGUGACAUCUCAUCAUUUUCUGAUCAACAGCAAAUUUAAUCAUUCAAAGGUGUUUGAAAAAGCCGGGACUGCCUUUGGUUGUGCGGAGGCGGUAAAGGAAGGGGUUGUGCCCAAUGAGCAUGGCACAUGGCUGUAUGGCCGAGGAGGCUGGUGUGAUGGACUACAGGUCACCCCAUGGAGAAUAGACAUCACCAGUCAGCUGAAUAUGAAUGGAUCCAACACAAUCCUUUAUUUUGGUCUGUUUGAUGGAAAAGACCCCAACCCUGCAAGAGACCCUGGUUAUAUUAUAAUGUACUCCUAUCUGGUGUUCUAUAAAUAGUCACUUAUACAGAUUGUUACAGAAAUAGAGUCCCAUUGAGUGCACACACCUCAACACGAGUUUGUAUAUUGAUAGCAGAGGGCACAGAUGCAAAAAGUACCACUUUCAAAACCCCAUAGAUAUAGAUGAAUCUCAGUCCGCUUUGGUUUCCAAAACAUAGCUAGGGUUUCUCUUUUCAAUACUCCAUAAGCUUUUAAAUCCAAUGCUCUCUGAGGUUUGUACAGUAUAUUUUUCAGAUAAAGAUAUACCCAUGUCCAGUUAGUCCAUUUGGUUUGGCUAUGUCAUAUAUAGUUCCCACCUGCGUUGCAGAAGAUCCCUAUGGAUGGACAAAGAAAAAAAACGUGUUUGAUUUUGAGGUUACAGAAAAGUAUAAAAGUAGAUCAACAAGAAAAAACCUUGCUUAACCUUCAUUCUUCAUAGUCAAUUCAGACCUUGAUAAAUUCUAUAAAUGUAUUAUGUUUUAUCCUUAUGAUAUCUAAAGCUCAGUAAAAGUUUUGGAUUGCCCGUCUCUCUUCUUAUCGUUUUAAAACAAUAUUGUUGCUAUUAUUGGCAGGAGCCAUCAGUGUAUUGUAUACCUUGUGGUUCUUAAAAGAGUAUGAUAGAUUAUGUGUUCAUAUAUAACAGUAUGACUAGGCCAUUCCCUCUCUUAUCUUUUUGUGGCUUGUUAAAAGGAUUUAUAAUAAUCAUUCUCCUUCCUUUGCUAGGGAUCCUGCUGGUAGGUAACAAUUAAACAAGUGGUUCAACAGUCCAUAAAAAGAGCACUAUUGUUAUGUGUACAUAUAUUUCACUAUGCUGUCUUGAAAAGACCAAUCUUGAGACACAUUAGCCAGUUAUAAUAAAAGGGCAAAUAAGAGUUAAUGAUUUUUCUUAACGGAAGACCUCAUUUGUAAAAGGAAGUUAAUUACCAAAAAGUAAUUUCACAUCACCAAAGAGACUUGAAAACUUCAUUAAUAUUAGAACAUAGACUGUGACUGGAAACUUGAUGACAACACUCCAAUAUCACACACUCCCCAUGUUGGUCGUUAGAUGUAAAAAGGUUUGAGACUAACAGCUGGCAGAACUGGCCACAAUAUUCCUCUCCAGCUGCUACAUUUGGCUUUUUUGAAUUCAGUGAAAUGCUAGAGUGUACCAUUCAUCAAGGUCUGUCUGAGAAAAGGAAGUUUUGAACGCAGACAGCACUUUAAUAGUGUUCAGACUUGUCCUGAUCAUCAGGAGACGGAAAGUGGCUAAACCCAUUACAGAAAAAUUAAACUGUUGAAUGUUUUGUUCACCUCUUCUCGGGCCUGAGAAAUUACCUGCUGCUUUUUCUUGUGCUUGGGUUUGCCGUGCAUAGAGUUUAAUUGCAUUUGAAGAAGCACCACAGGGAUACUUUGUUGAAUAACCUGAAAUGUUUCUGAAAAGUCCCCUGGAGUAAGAGUAAGAGUUUUUCAGUUCAAGAGUACUAGAAGAGCCACAGGCGUUUUAAGAAGUGUCUGCCCAAGCAGUAACUCUAGGUAUUUCACCAGAUCACAGGUGCAGGGAGGAGAGGCGUUGUGGAGAUGUACUGCUGUAAAAUUCCAAAUUUGAUCUAUAAUAUAACUGGUUUAAGGACACUAGGCAUUGUGGCCAAUCCAACUUUAAGAUAAUACAUUGCAUUUCUUUAGAUUAGUUGCUCUUCUGCUCUCUAGAAUAGUGUUUGUAUGGCAUUCUGCUGACUAAAAAGCUCAAAAGUUAGUAAAACCAAUUACAAACGCUCUUGUAUUGGUUCUGAGGGUGGCAUAGCCCCUGCCUAAUGCUCCAGACCAUAUGGUAGUUCUGGUAGUUUUUUUUGGUAUUGGCAGCACUGAACAAUUUAAAAAGCCAGAAAUGCUUUGUCUGAAAAUGCUAAAAAGAAUUUCAUGACGCACACAGGGACAGGGGGUAAAUAGGUCUACAGCAUGGCUGAGAAAUCACAGGGGAGGUCAGUACAUCAGAGGCUUUUGCUUUGCUAGUAUACUUUCAUUGUGGCAUAAUACAUAAAUGGGGGUUUAUUACUGUUCACAUUUUUAAUUGAAUUAAAAUCCAAUCUAAUUAGUCUAUUGCUGCUGUUUUCUUUUUUGUUGAAAUGCAAGGGAUUCAGAACCAAGUUUAUACAUGUUUGAGAAUUAAUGUUAUCCUUGAGAAUUCUGUGAAUUCAUGAUGCCAUGCAAUUCAGACAACCACUCUGUAGAGCAAACAAAGCGUAGUUUUGCUUUGUUGUUUGUUGGCUAGCAAACAAAAUAUAGUUUCUACUUCUACUUGAGCGUAUCAUAGACAAUCAUGAUUGAUCAAUUACUUAAAAGCCUACAAAAUCUACAUAUGCUGUAUUUAUUGGUGUAAGCAUGCUUUUGAUUCAGUGUAUGUACAGAAUAAUACCCUUAUUUUACCACAAAUUCAAUACAUGGGCUAUAUUUGAUAUAUACACCAUAAUUUUAAAAUUAAAUUAAAAAAGCAAACCAAUAUGACUUCUGUCCAUGCUUCAUUAAGAUUUCAACUUCAUCUUAACACUUUGAUUUUUCAAACCCUUCCUACUGCAAAACUACAAUAAAAUGUUUCUAAAUACA